AUGUCUUCUGAAACUUCACGUGGAUUUACAACCGAAGCCAACCAGGGCGUGGGAGGUAGAGGAGGAAGCGCUGGGGUUGGAGCUACCGCCCCCACUGGACGUGGAGUUGGAGGAGCUGCGAAAGAAUCAGCACACGGAGUGGGCCAUGGAGUGAAGUCUGCCGUUGCGGGCGUCCAUGGAAUGGGCGAGAAAAUCCGAGGUGCCGCUGGUGCAACUAUUGACCGCGCGAUGGAUCACCCAGAGGGUGUUGCAAAGAAUGAUCAAACUAUUAGAGAAGGUGAAAGAGAAAUGAAAACCGGUGACUUUAAUGGGACUACCAGAGAAAGAGAGGGACUGCCUCAUAGUGAACGAGCGUCUCAUAAUGAACAAAUGCUUCAUAGUGAACAAGCGCCUCAUGGUGAACGAGCAAUGCAUACGCAGAAUACUGCUAAUGCUCAGCCACCCGCGGACUAUUGA